AUGUUCAAGCCUUUUAGAGCCAGCCGAGAUCCCAGGAAGGUUUUCCCCUGCGGACACACCAUCUGCGAACAAUGCCUGGUUGCUAUCACCAGAGGGCAGGCUCGGCCUGACGAAUCGGAAUUGACGAACUUUCGUCGCGCCCACCAUGUGGUGGCACGGAACACUUGGCAGGAUGUGCAGACUGUCUUGCAAGAUGGCAGCAGCAGCACCUCCGACACCGGAGCCUCGGAUAUCGAGGAGAUGCUGCAGCCACCUCUCAAGGUCGCCAAAAACGUCCGCUGGGGGGCUGCGGCCGGCCAGGCCAAGGCAGCCGCAGCCAGUGAAUCCCGCAGAGGAACCCUUUUGAAAAGGGAGUUCAAGAAGAAUAGGCAAUGCGCCUAUGCGCCGGUGGCUGUAGCACGUGCUAAUGGCGACACAUCUUCCGGUUUUCGCGUCGCAGGUGACAUGGCGAGAUCCGGAGGUGCAGCCUCCGAACGAAGCUUUGGAGCAGUUCCGGGAAGCCAAAGCUUGGGCUGGAUGAAAGCCGGUUCGCCCACCGAGCCGAUGUAUGGCUUGAUGCCUAUGCCGGACGACUGGAGCGGCGCGCGGAACGAGCUCAAGCGAUGCGUCAUUGGGCUUGGCGACAUCGACUGGGAUGAACCGGGCAUGGCCGUGUCGGAGGUGACAGUGUCAGACGUGCUUGAAGCACGUCGUUUCUGGUUCCCUAACGGCACCAUCGCGCUGAUGCCGGACGUGAUGGUCAUGUACAAUGACGAAACAAAGAGGUUGAUGGCCUUUGUGAUGGAGUGGGCAGAGCGUUGCCAGAAUUCGGGCUAUGCAGUUCUGUGCAUUCUGAUACAAGCGGCCCCGGACUCAUUGGAGACAUUCUUUGCUUUGCACAAGCGAGGAGGGAAACCACCUCUGCUUGAGACUAGCGGAACGCGUGUUGCAGCGACUGCCUCAGCUGCAUUGUUGCAAGAGCUGUUGCGCUCCAUGAAGCUCGAUCACUCCAUCGUCGAUGUGUACAAUGUGUUCAAGCAGAGGGAGAAAGACAACAAUCUGAGCUAUGCAAGCGGGGACUCGAAAGUGGCUUCUGCAGAUCAGCUACGCAAGCUCGCUAACCUCCUGCGGCGUGCUCGCGAGGCGCUCGUCGACACGGCAAGAGCGUUAGCCUUUGCCGCCAAGCUAUCCGAGCACGUGGCUGUUUCAGUGAAGCAUCGAUCAGAUCGUGUUUGGAACGACAAGGUUACCACAGUCUUGAACAGCUGGUUCACGCUGACCGAAGAGGAGAGAAACCAUGUGACAUUUGGAUGUUCGGACUCGCGUGUGAAGGUUCUGAACAUCAUGGCUGACAUUGCACGUGGUGUACACAUGCCCACCUUCUACGGCAUCAUUGCUACGCACGACCAAGCUCCAUUCCAAGUGCGUUUGCAAGAUCCCCGUGUGCAGAGCAUUGUCGCAGACGCUUUGAAGCAGCCACUCCCGUGCAUGUACUUUCCGAAAGCUGCUAAAGCCAAAUUUCAUGGACUGUUUCUGAGGUGGCGUGAUGUCUACGAGAAGCCGUUGGCACCUGUGGCCACAGUUGAAACCGUGCCACUUGCAGCAGCUGCGCUGCAGAGCUUGAGCGGAGUAGUGGCCGCGGCGGAGGAGGCUGAGGAGCCGGAGCAGCUGCCAGCCGCGGUUCCUGAUGAAAAGGAAAUGGAGGAGAAACGUGCUUCAGCCAAGAAGGCUGCAGUUGCGGCAGUGGCGCGUGCAGAAGUGGCCCGGUACCUUCGCUUCAUCGUCGCUGAUCCGUCCGACCCGUCAGCGCUGAAGAGUGUAGUGGAGCCGCAGCUCCGCUGCAGUCCAAGUGUCAGCCUUUGUGACUUCGUUCUGUCGCGUAAGGCGUUCAAGUUCUGGUUGAUUGAGUCCGCGUCGUUCACUCGAAGCCACAACGUUUUUGCGCGACCACCUCCACUUCGCAAAGAUGUGCUGAGUGCAACUACGAAGUGUUUCUCUUCGCUGGCCACUCCCAAAAUCGAUGCUUUCGUGACCUGGGAUGCUGGGGCCCAGAAAGCUGCAGCCGAGGUCAAGAAAACCAUGAACAAGAUGAGCGGGCAGCGCGACACGAUCGCAAUUUGGAGUUUGUUCCCAAAGCAGAGCGACCUUGAGAAGCGCGCUUGCUUCGCGCAGGACAUGACCGGCAACAAGCGGCGGAAGGCUUGCAGCUUGAGCUCCAUCGUGGGGCGAGAGGACAUGUACUUGUAUGUCAAGGGCGACGCCCUGGUUGCUCGUGAUUUCCGCUUCUUGGUCACAGACGGCGUAACGAUCAACAGCGCCAUGCCGUUUUUCUUUGCACCGUUGCCCGACCCUUCCUCGCAGUUGAAACCACUUGUCACGAGAGCGGACAAGCAGAAGAUCCUUAUGGACCUGUCGGAUAAGAAGAAUGUCGCCACGGACACCCCCAUGACAGAGUUCCUCCCCGAGAUUGGUGAGGAGGAGAUGCUGCCGCUGCAUUUCUUCAUGAAGAGCUCGACGCUGUGUCGUGAAGUGUUGCGCAUCAUGCGUGCCAGCACCGCAGUACUUCUGUCGCCUGACCCGAAUAUGAUCAGGGCAUUGCUUGACUCGCGGAUCACAGGUUUGGUGGUGUGCCGAAACAACACACACAUGAAAGUGUUGGAGGAGUGGUUGCUCGCGGAAGUGGCAGCUUGCGUGCUGGACCCACAUGACCAGCGUUAUCACAACGCCGAUCUCGUCCGCAAAUUUCAAGCUCCGAAUCCGUGUGUUCAGGCGGUAACCACAGCAACGGAAGCCGCCUUGCCCGCACUGACGGGCAAGGAGGUGGAGGGGGCAGACACGCAAGAAGUUGAUGGCCCUGCCAACGAGGAUGCAUCUUCUUCAUCCUCGUCAAGCGAGGCGGAGGAGGAGGCCAUCUACCAAGCUUGCCGCAUCAGCAGCCGGACGCUCGAUGCAACCAUUUCUGAUGGGAAGGUGAAGCGUAAAGAUCUGGAAAAGUGGGGCACGGCGUCCAUAACGGACGUGACUACUGCGGCCGUGCUGGGCCUCGCGGCGGCAGCAGUGUGGAUGGGGAAACAGGCGCUUGCCGUGACUGGCACCGUUGCUGCAGAGAUGGUUGUCGUGAAGGGAGGCCCCAUGAUCAGCUUGGAGGCAUCGCUCCGACAGUGGCGUCAGGAAGGUCGCAUUGCUGAUGCGAAGGCGACAGCGGCUCAGGUGGAGCAGCUGAAGAAAGAGUUGGCGGAAGCUGAGAAUCUCUUGGCAAUGCAAAAAUCUGACCUGGGUGAUCUGCUUUCCGAGUCCGGCGGGCAUCGGGACAUGGCUGCGUUCGAAGGUGCCGGUGACGAAGGCUUGGCCAUCAUGUUUGGCCGCAGGCUUAAGUGCGCUGGCCCUGUGGCAAAGAAUGCGGAGACCCAGGAAAAGACGGAGGAGAGUGACACCAAGAAGGAAAAGACUACUCCUCUGGCACACUACAUGCAACGUUUGCAGGAAGCUUUCCCUGAGCACACGUGGGCCAUGGCGCAAAGCAAGACGGCGGCUCCUUUGCCACAGAAGCGUCCGUGGGUGUGGUUGCUUGGCUGCCACAAGGACACAGGAUUCAGCCCGACUGAGUGGGCAUCAGCGGCAUCAGCUUUGGAGCAAGACCCCUUCUGCUACGACGCACACGCCGAUGCCGAGUCCGUGUGGAGCCAUCGUGGAUUUAAGCCAGUCGGCGUUCAUGGCGAAAUGCAGCAAGAACGGCAUUUGGAAAACACUUACCACAUCAAGUGCUUUGUUUGA